CCCACCCCGACCCGGCCUCCCCGCCAUGGCCGCCGCCUGCGCUCCUCCCACCGCCAGGGGGCGCCGUGCCCCGCGCGCUCCUCUCUAUGGUCCCCAGCUCACACUCACUUCCGCUUCCGGUCAGCUCCUUCUCUCCGGGCCGCCGCCGCCAAAAUGGUGAACGUGCCGAAAACCCGCCGCACGUACUGCAAGAAGUGCGGGAAGCACCAGCCGCACAAGGUCACGCAGUACAAGAAGGGGAAGGACUCGCUGUACGCGCAGGGAAAAAGGCGCUAUGACCGGAAGCAGAGCGGCUACGGGGGCCAGACAAAGCCCAUCUUCCGUAAAAAGGCCAAGACCACCAAGAAGAUUGUGCUGAGGCUGGAGUGUGUGGAGCCCAACUGCAGGUCCAAGAGGAUGCUGGCAAUUAAGAGGUGCAAGCACUUUGAGCUGGGAGGAGACAAGAAGAGAAAGGGCCAGGUGAUCCAGUUCUGAGCAUUGUCCUGAUCAUCGUUAUGGACCACAUUAAAGUAAUUAGAUUGA